AUGUCUCCAAAUAUCCAUAUGGCGACGCGUGAGCCCUCAAAUAAUCGUAAAUCCUCGAGCAGGUCUUCGAGGCCGCAGACCUCAUUAAGGCCCCCAUCCUCUGUUCGACAAGGGAUGCCAGCUUUUGAAGUCACUCUAUCUAAAUAUCAUGGGCCACCUGAAUCUAUCAAUAAACCUCUCCCUAACCUUCCGCUAUCAAAUAGGAAACACGCGAUCGUCCCAUUUCUAUCGAGGACACUAUCUACGCCCGUCACGACAACAGUCCCAAACCUGCCUUCCAAUCCAAAUCGAGAGCACAAUCCACAACCACUCCGGCGUAUUCCAAGGACUUCUUCACAAGCUGACGUGAACGAGAAACUUAAUCGGCGCAAGGGCAUCGUGGGCGGUUCUGCUGUCUUGGCCACCGGUGUUCCAAUUCUUGCUACCCAACCCGUGAGCUUGGAUUUUCAGGACAUUCUCGCCGACGUUCUCAUUCACGCGGCGCACAUACAAACCGCAUGUGGAGACAAGAGGAGAGAUGUGGAGAAGUUGAGGAGCCUCAUUUCCACCUUUCACAUCCUUGUGGCGAAGCUCCUUGAUUCUACCUCUGAGCUCCCCGGACUUAUUCACGCAUCUCAUAGAUAUAUCCUGGCAUGGGAAUCUGCACAAUUCGCGGAUAAAGUUUUCUGCAAUCACGCAAAGGUUCAAUUUGAUCCAUUUCGCCCCGAGUUUUAUUUCGGCAAUGCCGUGUCGCUACUGCAGUUAACACUCACCUCAGUUCGCACGAUGUUGGAUGUUGCAGGCCUAGAAUUGGACGAACCGUGGAAGUUUUAUGAGUAUUCUAUCAAGUGGGCAGAGUUCGAAGAGCAAGUACCUUUUCCGGGGUCUGAUGAUGCAGAGAAGUCGCGCGACCCCGAUUCAGACACGGAUGAUGAUGAAGAUGACAGCACCACUUUGGUGCAUUCAAGCGAACGACCCAGCAUCAGUAUCCGAGCCUCCAUCGCAUCUGCCUAUGGAAAAUUCCCUUUGUUGGCCAAAUUGACAAAUGAUCAUCCCUCCUCGUGCACAGUCUCACAGGAUACGAUUUACAAGCACGGUCGUCUGUGGUAUGCUAGCCUUGACGCUCUGAUUCAUCUUCUUACCUCGCAAGACGCUAUCGCUGAUGACGGGCUUGUCGACUCAUUCUUUUUGACGUACGAUUUUUGGACCACUACCAAAGAAGUCCUCGGUGCCCUGAUUAUGCGCUAUAAGAAGGCCAAUCACCAGCAAGGCCCUUUAGAAAAGUCGUGUAGUGAAGAAGGUCGGAUCGCCCAGCUGCGAGUCAUCCGUAUGAUGCGCAACUGGAUCAAAUUAUAUUGGCGGGACGACACUCCAUCUCCCGUUAUCAAGGCCCUGCAAGAAUUUAUAAGAGGCCAUGUUUACAGGGACUGGCCGAGUGCUGGGCCUCUUCUUGACCAAGCCUUGCGCUGCACUCGUUCACGCACUUCACGAACGGUCCACCGACUGCGUGAGGCGCCGGCAUUAUCUUCCGCAGAACAUGCCACGAAGUUUCAACAGCUCGUUGCCGCACUUCCGAAUUGGACAAAGCCCCGAAGCUUGCAUGAUAUGUGUCGUCAAUACCCCUCUCAAGUUUCUAUCGAUCAGAUCGAUGGUGGGAAGAUGUGCGAUGAACUGGCUCGCCAAUUAACAGUCUGGGCCUCCAACCUCUAUCGAUCCCUUGUCCCGGAGGAGUUCCUGCGCCAUUAUCAACACAAGCAUGGCUGCACUUGUGCUGCACAGUCCGCUGUUCAGGCGAUUACUGUCUACCAUGAUGCCCUGACCUGCUGGGUCCUGAACAGCAUAUGUGACCAAAAGGAUCGUGUAGUCAGAACUAAGGUCCGAAGAACAUGGAUCAAGGUGGCACGACGCUGUCAGAAGAUGCGGAAUUUCGACUCGUUCUAUGCAAUUGGAAAUGCGCUUAACUCCAAAGCAGUCGCGACACUCUGGAAGACAUAUGAUAACCUUGAGUAUCACUCUCGCCACGACGAAAAACUCCUUAAGGCAGUCACAAGUACAUGGCAGCGAUUCAAAGUCGUUCGAGAGGCGUUGAAAUUUGACCGUGCCGCCGUGCCUCCUCUUGCGUCUUACCAGCGGGAGAUCGAGAAAUUACUUAAUGGUUACGAGCGUUGUGCCCAGUCGGAGAAGUCAGGCCACAUGAUCCCUAACAUCUUUAUAUAUAACUGUGUCGGACAGACUAUUCGCCAGAUGGAGCAGUGGCAUCAACCAUAUGACAUCAGCGAAUCGGUCUACAUCCAAAGCUGGCUCAAGAAUACACUAGAUCCUCUCAUCAAGGAAGAUGUGAGCGCAUUGAUCAAGGUUUUGGCUGCUCGAAGCCUCCGAAUGGAAGGCGCAGAGCCACCCCUUACGCUUGUGCGGAGACUCCGACGAACAUCGUCCGCCAGUGACACCAGCCUUUAUGUCGCCAACUUUACGGCUAAGGCAGUCGCCUGUUACCGCACGCUCUCGACGGCGAAAAGGAAGCCACCGGAAGGUAUUGAAAACAUACAUCGCUUGGCUUAGCUGCGUUUCCUUCGAGUCACCUAAUUGAUUUGUUUAACACAUGAGCUACACAGUCCUUCCUUCCUAUACCUGCUUGCAUUUGUUAGUGGUUAAUCAAAUUGAUCGUACCUAC